AAUAGCAGGUGUCUGAUGUGUAAACAGAGAAGGGGAAGGAAGGAGAGAGGAGCAAAGGAGAGGUGGGGAUGGGUAGAGAGAGGGAAGUAUUUAAGACGUUGUCCCCCUUAUCAUCCUCAUCCUUCGCCAUCACCAUCCCUGUCUCCACCUGACCUGCAGGCCAGCACUUAUCCUCAACUCAGCAGAAUGUCUAUGCCCAACUCAGAGAACUGCUCCACCCUGGAGAACGCCAUGCAGCUCAUGAUCAAGACCUUCCAUAAGUACUCUGGCGCAGAUGGUGACAAAUAUACGCUGAGCAAGUCUGAGCUCAAAGAAAUGCUGAUCACGGAGCUUGCCAACUACCUGGGGAAUGCACAGGAUAAAGAUGCAGUGGACAAGGUCAUGGGAGACCUUGAUUCCAACAAUGACGGUGAGGUAGACUUCACUGAAUUUGUCAUACUGGUUGGCGCUCUUACUGUUGCCUGUAAUGACUUCUUCCUGGAAUACAAUGAGAAGCAAGAGAAGAAGUGAAUGCCC